AUCAAUGCACUCUGCCGCACGCCGGUCGCUAUUUAUACAUCGGCGCAGAGUGACACACUUCCUCCACCUUCGAAAGUGGGCUUCAAGAAGGUCAGCGCCUCACCGUCAACUUUAGUACGUUCAAGUUCACGGUCGCGUCAUCUUCUCCUCGCAGCGAGGUGUCGUCUGCACACACGCUGGCACGAUCAUGGAUUGCGUUAUCAAGCGGCAUGUAGGAGCCUUGGUGUUUACGAUUGCGGUGUUCGAGGUGCUCCAUGUCGCACUAGCCGCCACCAGAUAUGUGCCAAAGUGGAAGAAACAGGCUUGUGAAAUCCCAGCUUCGCAGAACGAGCAUUCGCAUUACGUUUGUGAUGAUGAUGGUGAAGUGAAAUGUUUGCCUGGUUGGACUGGAGAUGUUUGCGAUGUGCCAAAAUGUCGUCCUGGUUGUGACCCUAUGCAAGGGUACUGCAAUCGUCCAGGGGAAUGUAUCUGUAAGCUAGGAUACUAUGGAGAAAGAUGCAAUAAAUGUAUUCCUCUACCUGGGUGUCAACAUGGCCACUGCAAUUCAAGUUUUGAAUGUUUAUGUCAUGAAGGAUGGGAUGGGAUCUUCUGUUCAGAACCAAUUUGUAAACUGGACUGUCACCUAACAAGAGGAUACUGUGACGCUCCUGGUGAAUGCAAGUGCAGAAUUGGUUGGGCUGGUAAAACGUGCAAAGAAUGCCAGGUAUUACCAGGUUGCCAACAUGGGUACUGCGAGAAACCUCUCGAAUGCAAGUGCCAACCCGGCUGGACAGGCAUUCUGUGUCAAUAUCCAAUCUGCGCGAAGACGUGCCACCGCGAACGAGGUUACUGCCGAAAACCAGGCGAGUGCCGCUGUAAGGUAGGCUGGUGGGGCAAAAACUGCGACAAAUGCUAUCCAUAUCCGGGAUGUGUAAACGGAAGCUGCAAUCGCCCAUGGGAAUGCAAUUGUCGUCCAGGUUUUGGAGGUAUGCUCUGUGAUGAAGAGCUCACCUUCUGUGAAAACAAUCCAAACACCUGCACAAAUGGUGCUAAGUGUAUUAGUCUGACCAAAGACGAUGGAAACUUCCGUUGUCUAUGCCGUGAAGGUACCUUUGGUAGAAACUGUGAAAAAAUUGACAACACAACAAUGUCAGUGAAUCCCAUGGGACUCACUCCACCAAAACCUCCCAUUAUGCCCGCAAUGUCAAUAAACCAUAAUUAUGGAGCCAGUGCUAAUAUGAAUGUGAACCUGGCCACCACACCGAAAACAAUGGUAAGCAUGAUCAACCGAACCACAACGUACAUUCCACUCGUGAGCAGCACUACCGUUAAACCAAUAAUGGCGGACAACGCGCAGUCAACGACGAAGACGCCGACGGAAACUGUUACAGAAGCCGCGGCCUCCACGACAACAGAGAAAGUUAGCAUAAUUAAUGCCACCAAGUUGAGUGAUGAGAAUAUUCAGAGCAACCAAAUAUUGGUCAACUCGAAAGACCACUAGUGAUAAAACAUCAUAACAUAUAUCAUAACAUUAUAUUUAUUUUAUUUAUUGUUUUACUUAGGCGGAUAUAUUUUUAAUGAAAUAAAAGUUUAUUUUGAUUCA